AUGUCGACAUCUCCCAACCUCGACAUAACCACCUCGCAGCGAAUGGUCUCCGCCACUUGGGGCAGCGUCUUGACCUCGCUUCUUGUCACACCUCUCGAUGUCGUGCGUGUGCGAUUACAAGCGCAGCAUGCUCCGACGCCCGUCAACCUCUCCCGCUUCGCCGCAUACUCUACUAACUUCAAACAACUCCCUCCGGACCUAGGUGUCAACUCAUGUUGCCGAGAAGUCUUCUGGGUAGGCAACAACGGCCAAUUCUGCCUGGCUGGAAAUACCCAGACACAAAUUGCCGAUGCGGCAGCACAUGAAUGCGCCGUGGAAGAGACGCAACGGAAGACGUUCAAUUCAACUUUGGACGGGCUGAAAAAGAUUGCGAGGAAUGAGGGAUACACUACGCUGUGGCGUGGAUUGUCUCCGACAUUGAUGAUGGCAAUCCCCGGCAAUGUCAUCUACUUCACAGGCUACGACUGGCUCCGGUACAGUCAUGCCAGCCCGCUCAAGAAAUUGACUAGCGAUGUCUAUGUCCCUCUUGUUGCUGGCUCGAUUGCUCGAGUAGCGGCAGCCAUUGCGGUCUCUCCGAUCGAAAUGUUCCGAACCCGAAUGCAAGCGACGGCCGGGACCAGUGUUUUCAAAGAAACCUUGCUCGGAAUGCACCGAAUGACGCAGACCCAGGGCUACACUUCACUGUGGCGGGGAUUGACCCUGACGAUGUGGCGCGAUGUGCCCUUUUCCGGAAUAUACUGGUGGGGAUACGAGGCUGUACGGAACCGACUGACGGAUGCACGGGAAGCUGCCAAAGGCCACGAGCUCAGUCCCGGGAGAUCUCUGACGGGAGCACGAGAGUCCCAGGCAAAUGAAAGUCACAUGACAACAUUUAUCGAUAGCUUUCUGGCAGGCUCGAUUUCUGGCGCAGUCGCCGCAUUCGUGACCACACCAUUUGACGUUGGAAAGACGCGUCAGCAGGUAUAUCACCACGCCGGAGACGAUGCCCCUUCAGUUGUGGCUGCAAAGGAACUUUCGAAGCAGGGCAAACAUAUCCCCGAAGAGCUGUCGCUGCCACGGUUCCUAUAUCACAUUUUCCACGAAGAAGGGAUGGCCGGAUUAUUCAAGGGGUGGGCCGCACGUUGCAUGAAGGUCGCUCCCGCCUGCGCCAUCAUGAUCAGCAGUUAUGAGGUUGGAAAGAGAUGGGCGCGGCGAGUGAAUGAGAAGAGGGAGCUCAGCAAGGUUGAAGCCUGA